AUUGAAUUCACCCAGAAAGAUGCAAAAAUUGUUGGAAGGGAUCAGGUUGUGUUAGGUAUAAUUGCAACCUUGACCACCUCCCACAAUCAAGAAAAUAUUCCUUCGGUGAUGGCUAUUGUAGGAUUGGGAGGCCUAGGUAAAACAACUUUGGCUCGCUCAGUUACCAAGCAACUGCAAGAAGGUGAAAUGAAAAAGUACUUUGAUACAACACUCUGGGUGUACGUAUCAAAUACUUUUGAUGUCAAUUCAAUUUUACAUCGAAUGGUGCAAUCAUGUGGCGUGACGGGAAUAGACUCUUCAAAUCAGCAAGCAUUGAUGGAAAGCCUCCAGCAGAAGUUGGAACAGAAAAGGUACUUUCUUGUACUUGAUGACGUUUGGAAUGAGGAUGCUGAUAAUUGGAAUAAGUUGAUGAGUUGUUUGUCGCAAUUAAAUUUUGCCAAGGGUAGCUCUGUGAUUGUCACCACUCGUAGAUCCAAUGUUGCAUCAAUCAUGAAAGCAUUUCGUAGGUGGAAUUUAGAAACUUUAUCGGAUGAUGAAUGUUGGUCCAUAUUAAAGGAUAGAGCAUUUGCAAAUCCUAAUGCUCCGAUACCUUCAGAACUAGAGGGAAUUGGAAGGGAGCUUGCCAAAAAGUGUGCUGGUCUUCCAUUAGCAGCAAAGGUUUUGGGAAGCUUGAUGCGUACUAACAAUGAUUGGUUGUCAAUUCUAGAAAGUAAAAUAUGGCAUUCAUUAUCCGUUGAAGAAGAUAGCAGGAUCAUGUCGGUUCUGAGGUUGAGUUUUGACUAUUUGAAAUCACCGUUGAAACAAUGUUUUGCAUAUUGCUCCGUGCUCGAGAGAGGUUCCUUCAUUGAAAGAGAUAACUUGAUCCUACUAUGGAUGGCUCAAGGUUUGCUCCAAAGCAAGCAAGGGAUUGAAAUGGAGGAUAUAGGCAACAAGUAUUUUGAUACUCUACUGGAGGACUCCUUGUUUCAAGAUGCUACAAAGGAUGAUGAGGAUGGCGUUAUCACCGGAUGCAAAAUGCAUGAUCUUGUGCAUGAUCUUGCAAACGAAGUAUCCAAGUGUGAGAUGGAUGAUCAUGAGAUUCGACAUCUUGCACGGAUUACUUCUUCAGAUCUAGAAAGUGUGCCAGAAGCAAGUAUUUCAAGACUGCGCUCACUCUUUUCAAGUGUCCAGGUUCUUAAUAUCAUUUUACCAAAGUUAAGAGCUUUACGUGUCUUAAGUUUCUGUGAGGUAAAGAACCAGGAUUCUUCAAAUUCACUCGACAAAUUGAAGCACUUGAGGUAUCUAGAUCUUUCUCAUGCAAAAUUCGAAGCAUUCCCAGAGUCUAUUGGCAAGCUCUAUAACCUCCAAACACUGAGAUUACCGUGGUAUCUUAAAAAAAUGUCCAAAGGAGAUUCAAAAUUUGAUCAACUUGAGGCAUCUUUAUCAAGAUGGCAUAAUACCGCCAAUGGAAUUUGAGGCUGGGAUUGUGGGGCGAUUAACUAAAAUCCAAACAUUACCUUGGUUUACUGUGGGUAAGGAGACUGGUCCUACAAUGGAGGAGUUGGGUGGGUUGAAGCAUUUGAGAGGCCACUUAAUUAUCUAUAGGCUAGAACGUGCAAGGGAUGGAGAAGAAGCAAAGAGUGCUUGCUUAAUGGAGAAGAGUCAGUUGAGCGAGUUAACAUGUACAUGGACAUACGAUGAGCCACCUAAUGACAAUGAGACGGAUGUACUAGAUGGCUUGAAACCUCAUCUUAAUUUGCAAAGCUUGAACAUUGAGUAUUUCAAGGGUGCUAGACUUCCGUCAUGGAUAACGGGUCUCCAAAAUUUGAAGAAGAUUGGAUUAGACAACUGCAACAAUUGUGAAGGAAUCCCAACACUCGGCCAUCUACCUAAUUUAAGAUCUCUUUAUAUUGAGAUGAAUAAGCUGAUACGUCUGGGAGCUGAGUUUUAUGGUACUGGUACAACUUCAUUUCGAGCACUGAAAACAUUAUACAUCAACAAGUGCCAAGAGCUCAUUGAAUGGAUAUCAGCUGAAGGAGAAGUUGUGGUGGUAUUUCCUCGCCUCGAUGAGUUGCAUCUCAGUGACUGUCCUAAAUUGAGAAAUGCUCCGAGUCGUUUUCCACGUCUCAAGAGGUUGGUGAUGUAUGGAUUGGGAAACAGCAUGCCAGUAGAAAAUAUAAGCGCUCAACUUACCACUCUCACUAAUCUCAAAAUAAGUGGUGUAAAGGGACUCACUUGUCUACCAGAAGCGAUACUGAACAGUAACAAUAGUCUCACACAUUUAGAGGUUAGUGAUUGUGAUGAGUUGACGUGUAUUGCUCUUGAUGUAUCUGACACGCUCCCUCUUCUUGAGGAGUUGAGGAUAGAAGAUUGUCUCAGCCUAGAGUCGAUUCGGAUCACACAGGGCAUCGCAUCUCUCCGUCAAUUGAACAUCGAUGGUUGUGAGGCAUUAUCAAGCCUAGAGGUUGGGCUCGAUUACUGCACCUCUCUCCAGGAGUUGGAUAUACAUCAUUGUCCUAAUCUGAUGUCAAUUCCAACCGCACAGGGCAUGCCAUCUCUCCAGAUAUUGAAGAUCUGGGCUUGUGAGGGAUUAUCAAGCAUAGGAAGUGGGCUCAACUACUGCACCUCUCUUCAGGAAUUGGAGAUUGGGCAUUGUCAUAAUCUAACAUCAAUUCCAAUCACACAGGGCAUCCCAUCUCUCCGGAGCUGGAAGGUUAGUCAUUGUCAGAGAUUAUUGUGCCUACCGAGUGUGCUCCAAUUUUGCACCUCUCUUCAGUAUCUGAAUAUUGGGCCGUUGUGGGAGGAACUGGACGCCUUCCCUGAUUUUCAGCUUGCACCACCACAUGAUUCACAAAAUUUGAUCGGACUAGAAGCUCUUCCUGAGUGGUUGGGAAAUCUUACAUCUCUUGAGUCUCUGUGGCUCUGGGAGUGUGAGAAUCUCAAGUAUCUACCUACACCAAAUGCUAUGAAAAACCUCACCAAAUUGAAGUCUCUCGUUGGUAUAAGCUGUCCCCUGCUCAAAGAAACAUGCACCAAGGAGACUGGCUCAGAAUGGUCCAAGAUUUCUCACAUCCCAGAUGUUCGUGCGAUGAAGCUGCGGAAUGCCUGCCUUCCUGAACUAGAAUGUCUGUUCACGUUACAAGGUUAAUCAAUUCCCAAUUGCCAGAAAUGUAUCCCUAAAGCAGGGCUCUAUCGCACUUGAUGGGAAGAUCAAAUGAUGCUUAAUAGGUGAUGAUCCAGUCCCAGUAGUUCAAUCACCCAUGUAUGGCUUGUCUGCUGUGUUUCAUUGAAGAUAAGGUGUUAAUCAGCAUCAGCUAUGAGAAUGAGAAAUUGAGAAGUAUCCACCUAAAGUGGAAGCUAUGCAAACAAAAGAUGAGGACAGCAGACAUAAGUGGCUGGCUUCUAAUAUUCCAAAGGUAGAUUGUCUGUAUUAAAGCUAUGAGAGACCUCCUUAAACUAGCACAGUGGGAUAUUCAUGGGGUUCAAGUUCCAGAGGAAACAUUUGCCUUGAGUGUUUAAAAUUUCAGUUGUGCACGAUCGCUUCCAUUGAUGUUCCAAGUCAAACCAGUUCCUAAAAUCAUUGCCUCUCUAUCCUGCUCAAAUGGAAGAGCAGCUUAACUUGACAUGGUCCAAAUGAAGUACAGAUUUUGUCUCAAGGAUCAAGGAAUUGGAGCACCCAAAUUCGUGGUCUCAGGUGGCUGCUGUUUGUUUGGAUCUGGCGAAGGCUGGUAACUUUGCCCUAUAUGACAACAAACUCCAUCUGCAUCUUGGAUAAGCCAUUUGGUCAAGCAUGAAUGGUUUCUAGGAAACAGGCAUUCUAGUAUCUGCGAGCUGUAUGAACAACCUCCUGUCAGAUUUCACAUUUUUGUGCUCCCUUGGUGUUUCAAUGAAAGCUUAACAAAUGGAGCAACAAACAAGUCCUGGAGGACCUGGACAAUUUGGUACCGUGGGCUUGUUUAUGAGUUACUCAUAUAUGGUUGUGGAGCUUAUUGUGAGAUUCUCGGCACUUCUUAUACUUUCAAUUAUCAAGCCAUAUUUCUGUGAUUUGAGCAAUUAUCUUUGGCGAGGUAAAAAUGGCAUCAGUUGUGGUAGUCUAAAAUAUUAUGUUCUUUGACUCCUUUGAGCAUUAGUCGCUUGGUUGAUAAUUUUCAUGGAGAACUGAGAGAUCAAGUGUUUGUGAGCUUUGGGUGUAAUUGGGGUUCUCUGUUGAGAAUGGGUGAGAGAAAGUGCGAGAUUACUUAACAAAAGAACAUUUUAUUUUGACAUUAGUGGAUUAUUGCCGUGGACAAAUUGGGGUGAACCACGUUAAAACUUA